GUCAGCCGAAGAUCGGAAAGCUGUGGCAAUUUCUGCUGGCGCUGCUUCACGACAAGUCUCACAACCCCUCCAUGAUCAAGUGGGACGACUUCGAGCAGGGACGCUUCAAGUUCGUCCAGAGUGAGGCCGUGGCGCGCCUCUGGGGAAGCAGGAAGGGCUAUGAGACCAACAUGACCUACGAAAAGCUCUCCAGAGCGAUGAGAUACUACUACAAGCCGGGCAUCCUGGAGCCGGUGGUCGGCCGCCGCCUGGUCUACGCCUUCGGGCCCAACGCCGACUGGAAAACGCCCCCGGAUGUGUCCCUCGUCUGAACGAGCCGAGUCGGAGUCGGAGUCGGUCAGGGACUCCCGGUCGGCCGCCGCCGCUGAACUCUGGACUCGCGCGUCCGGCACCGGAAUCUGCGGUGGACUCAGCGCAAACCAGCGACCGAACAAAACAGAGCGACUGCGGAGGCAGCAACAGGCACUCGGACGAACUGAAAAGGGAGUCGCCAUGGCUCGCUCUUGCUGUACGCGAACGCAGCUUCAGACCGUGGACAACCAUGGUAUCUUUUCCCGUGCCUUUUUAGUGCCUGGAGGGCAGGUCGCGUGCCUGCUGAGUGGUCCAGCGCAGGCCCCUUCCACCGGAGGCCGUCAAUGCUGCCGCGGAGGCUGUGGUUCGAGUCGGGACAGUGUGAACCGCCGCUCUAUCAGCGCCGUCACGACCGGACCGAGCGAGCAGGGCCGCCGACCCCGCUGUUUUCCCGACAUACGCUGCAGCACGUCAUCAACAGCGUGCGAACGCCACGCGCGCCGGCAAACAGCGGGACCGCCGCCGCCGCUCGGAAACGCGUCCGAUCUCAGCAAUGCACGUGUGGAGGAAACUUCCACACGCUAAACGUGGACGCGCUUGUAAUUGAUUUUUCGCAACUGUUGUGUAGGUGUUGCAUGAAACGUGUACUUUUGUAGACAUGUGUGACAUAGACAUGGGAGAGUUUGAUAUUCCCAAGACGUUGCGCUAGCGUUUUUAAAUGUUCAUUGUCGAUUACGGUAACGUUAUUGCCAACAAACUCGCGUUCAACGCAACCUUUCAAAGUAGGGCCACAUCGGUGGCUGUCGGGCACUGACCCGACCGGCGCGCUCCGUGCCAGGCAUUCCGCUGCGCCCCACGUGCCUGUCUUUGGAGCCCCACCUCCGGGACGUGCCCCGUGGUGUUCCGCCGCCCGUCCCCACCCACCCCACGACCAGCCGCAGUGUCCGGGACGGCCUGCCGCUUCCGGCGUCUCCGUCGCCCCCGGUCCGACCACCGCACCAGCGGUCUCCGCCGGCCGACCCGGCGAUCAUAGGCCGCAGGGGGCUGCUCCAGAUGUGCUCCCGGAGCUGUACCAGCUGCGGACACUGCGGGGUCGCGUGCCGCGCCGUCGCCUACUCCUGGGGGGACGAGGAAGUCCUGUUCCGAACUCUCCCGCGGCCCCCACGUGGCGCGGGAGCCGGCGGCGGCGAUGCGGGCGGUGGUCCGGGGAUUUUUGGCGUGGCGCGUCACGCCGCGGCGUGCCGGCCGUGCUGCAGCGGCGGCGGCGGCGGCGGCGGCGGCGGCGCUGCUGAUUUCAGGAGACGCCGUUCGUGUGGGCCGCCGGCAAACAGGGCCACUUGCGGCCCACCGACCGCACGAGCUUUUCGGGCAGAACUUGCCGACGGUACCGACCGGUGCGCCGCGCCGCCCCGUGGGCCCGUGCCGGGCACCGAGGACGCUGUUUGAACUUGGCAGCUCGGGGUGGUGGGCCCCGCCGCCGACCGGCCGCUCGCCUGACGGGCACGCCGCUCGCCAGAUCGGCCCUCGGAUCGGCGGCGGUCGUCGCGUGACACAACUGCAGGCUAUCAGGGGCACAGCACACGGUCUAACGGGUUUUCUGGGAGUGGCCGUUCGGCGGGCCGGGGCCACUCGCCACCAUGCGGCCGCACAUGCAACUGAUACAGAUGUAGGCUGUGUUCGACGCUUUCACAACCGGCGACGGUGGCCUGCAUGUGCAAGUGUGCUUGUAGCUGCCGGCUGGACGGUCACGAAGAGCCACGGCCGCGCUCGGCGCUGUCUGCAGGCCGCGCUCGGCGCUGUCUGCAGGCCGCGCUCGGCGCUGUCUGCAGGCCGUCUCUGCCCUGUCUGCAGGGCUGUCUUGCUGCAGCGUUCGGCGCUGUCUGUAGGGUGGAGUUCGCCAGGCCGCCCCGUUUCCGCGGCCUGGUCUCGUACCUGACCAUAUGUCCAUCUCGCCCGAGAGGCUACCAGACAAGAGGGUUGUUGAAAAAUGUACAUAAUGUCAAGAGAUGUUCUGCCAUCGCCGUCGGGUCACAUGGACCACUCGCGAGAACCCCGCAGCGUAGAAUUUCAGAGGCGAUGAUGUGCUUUAAGAU